AAUGGGCGCCGCUACUCGCAAAUGUGAAUUCGUUCCAUGUUGAUACCUUCGUCCACCCCCUUCGCAUGAACGCCCCCUACAAACAGAUCAUUAAAUGCCCCCUAAUAAGUAGCCUUGGAGGAUCGACAGUAUUAUAACUUUAUACAAUAUUAAUUCCAUUGCAGUCUUUUAGAACAAGAUGUUGCGCUAACAUUUUAAUUUUUUGGAGGUUCCUUUCUUGGGUUAACGAAGUCUCAACGACAGUUUUGAUCGACUAAAACUUUACCAAUUGGAAUUUUUUAACUCUCUCUGUUAAAUAAUUGCUUUAAGCAAGUCUUGUGUGUCUGUCACGAUCCUUUGUGAGGCUUGGAACACUUUUUUCAUAACGUUUACUGCCCUGUUAUUCUUAAAACAUAGCUUGCAUAUCACAUAGUUUUAAUUCACUUAAUUGCUAAGCAAUUCUGCCAUAUUUCACCCAGAUAAUUUCUUUUUAUACUUUAUUGCAACAACUUUUACUGGGUGCUCUAGACAGAAAAUGACGAAAAAUUCCUUUUUUGAGCAAAAAUUGUGGUUUUGCACUCAUUGAUUUGCAUAAACAUGAAGAAGGCCAUAGCUAACUACUUUUUGUGACGUCACAUCCUAAAAAUGGGUUUGAUUAUGGCUAUGCAAUUUCUCAUGAACAUCAACCAUGGUUAUUUUUGGCACAUACCGUAGAUAUUUGUUGAAUCAAUUGUUUAUUCUAAACCAAGCUAAUUCCGUAGUUUUUAAAGUUUAUAACAAUGAUGGAGAAAUUAAUAUCCUCAUUUAUAAAAGUUUCAAGAAAGGGAGCUGUUUAUUUAUGCCAAUUAUCAGAAAAUAAUGUUAAGUACAUGUCAUAGGUAUUUGUUGAAUUGUCAAUUCUCUUUAUGUACCCUCAAAUAUCGAUAAAUGUCCCUCGCUUGUGUCGGGUCAACAAAUUCUUUAUCUGGGCAUUGAAAAACUGCCUGUCGGUUAUAAAAUCCCCCCCCCCCCUUCUAUGUUUUUAGGAAAAUCAGAAAAAACUGACUACUUUCCUAUAUUAGUCCUCCUAUCUAUUUUUCAGGCCUAGAGUAGGAGAGAUUUUGCUUGCGUUAACCGACAAUUUUGAAAGAAAACACAAAUUUCUUGCUUUUCUGACCCAUUAUUGUGCUACAAGUAUUGAAUUAUAAAUAAAAAUUUUCCCUGUGGUUGAUUUUGGGCGAUUUUGAGCAUGUUCCUCGUUUCAAGAACAAAACAUUAGGUGCUAGGACUUUUGCCUAUGCUGCAGCUAGUCUUUGGAACAGUCUUCCGUUUGAAAUUCGUCCGUUGACAAUAUUGAUCAUUUUAAAUUGCCGUUAAAGACUCAUUUAUUUAAAUUAGCUCAUGAUAUUAGGUAAUAGGUUUUAAAUUGUAAAGUGUAUAGAAUAUUGUAUUAUAGUUAGGCACUUGAUUAUCGAGGAAAACUUUCUGCACUGAAUGGUGGAAAAGCAACCAGUUGACCUUGACUUAAACUCUCCAAGACCUCACUAUUUAAUCAUUUUUAUCAGCUUCCUUGUUGAUUACCUAUGACGUCAAAUUCCCUGUGAUUCCCCAUCUCUGAUAGAUGUACCAUUUUGCCAACAUGUUUGACUUCUAAAAGCUGUUGUGUAAAACUGCUGUUUAUUAAGGACAAUUAUAGUUUAAUCAUGGCAGUUUAUGUAGACUUUUCAACUUUAAAUAUUUGCAGAUUUUAUCCCGGCAUGUCUGUGAAAAGAAAUUCUGUUUAUAUUUGUCAAUCAAAAUUUAAUAUUUCUAUAACCGAGAACAGCUGACAUCCUCUGCGAUGCAAAUCAAGAUCGCUGCUGAGAUUCACAAAGCCGGUUGUCAAGUUUUCUUUUUCAAUUAUAAAAAGAGUAAAAGAUUCAAGCCGAAUGGUUUAAUUAAACGGCAAAUGAUUACUCACUAACUGGAGGGCUGGAAGUCAAGCUGGUUGGAGAAAAACUCAAGCUUUUAUCGCUUAAAGAAGAGAAUUUCAAAUAAAACUUUAGUGAUAACAAACAAUAUUUCACAAGAUUUCCAAACAAGUGGCGUCAGGCCAACUCACAUUUUGCAAAAGAAAAUCAGAAUUAAGACAAUUUUACCCAGUCGAUUUGUGAAAAAAUCAAAAUAUCACGUCUAUGUGAGCAUCAAAAAUUCAAAAAUAGCCCAAGGCAGAAUCAACUAUCUCCUAAAUACACUUUUUCGAUUCUAUUUAUUGACAGUUGUGAAAAUGGCAAGCAACUCAUCCAGUUCAAUAUGGACGCGUACUUUUGGCUUCGAGCCAUCGACCUCAGGUUUGGUGAUUUCACUUCUGGUUGCAGUAUUUGCCAUCGUCCUAAACAUCCUUGAGAUCCGCGUCAUUUUGAGAAAAUUCAAGAAAGCUACGGACUUUGAACUUGUCCUCCUAAACCUUUCUAUUGCCGAUCUCUUAAGUGGCCUAGAUUUUGCAGUGAUAUCAUGCUUUUCAAUCCAUGCCUAUCGAAAUAGCCCAAAUGGUAUCAAAGUAAACAGUGACUUGGUCUUCGCGGUCAUUCUUUUUUCAACAUCAACAUCAACAACGUUUGUAAUUUUCAUCGGCCUUGAGCGUUUCUUUGCUGUCAAAUUACCACUGAAACAUCGGAUGUUCCACACGGAUAGACGCAGGUUCCUUUACUGUUUACUCGGCACUUGGCUAUUCAACUUUGUUAUCACUACACUGGCAAUGGUGAUCGACAAAUUCGCGUUGCGUAGCGACCAACUCCACGUUGGCUCCGACGGACUGGGAUACUUUGUUGCUAGUUACUUAACCCUUGGGUCCCUGUUCAUUAUUAUCCUGUAUACAUGGCUAGGACAUACCAUUUUGGUUCGAUCUGUGAAGCUGCUUGAUUUCGAUAAAAAAGAUCCAACUCUUAACCCAAAAGUUAUUAAGCGGGCGAUGAAAAAGGAGAAAGCAACAAUAUUUGUGUGCAUAUUAGUCCUUGCGUCAUUUCUGGCCUGUAAUCUGCCACUUGUUGCGCAACUUUACCAAGCAAGUCUCGACAGUUUAAGCGCGAUUGUGAUGAAGCUAAACACAGUAUUAAAUCCACUGGUAUACUUUUUUAAAGGCUACUUAGAAAAGAGGUACGCAAAGAUAUCCAAAAUCCCGCUUGUUAAAGAUGAUUCAAAUCAAGCUACAAUCUUUGGCUCUGAAAAUCUAACUGAUGGAACAGAAAGGCAAACACUUGGAGCUCAAGAUGCAAAGGUCAUAGGUCAGAGGAUAUAGUUCAAGGUUUAUCAGAUAGUCUACUGGAUCAAGUUACAACAGUGUGUUGAAAGCAACAUGUUGGAUAGAAAACAGACUAUUAUCAAUUCAUGAUGAUCACUAGAAAGAAGCAAAGAUGUGGGUAACGGAAUUCUCAUUCGCAGCAAUAUUUUUUCACAGUUACUUAAGUUUCAAAGUUUCUGUUUUCUUUAAGAACUGGAGAAACCGUAUCAACAAAUCUUUCAAUUUUACCUUGAAGUUGAAUCAUAUUGCAACAAUGACAAGUGUAGUUUCUACACUACUUUAUACUUCUACACUAGACUCAAUACUCGCAUAUUGUCAACAUCAAAUCAUGAAUACUCUUUUAUGUCAUGGUAAAUGUUUUGGCAUGGUCAAUUUGAUUUCUGUCAGAAAGUUAUACAACAAACAAACAAAUGUUAUACAACAGCAACUGUUACUUGAAAAGCUGUGACAGUAACUGAUGUACUAAAUCUUAUGUGGAUGUAACCAGUAAGUUCGAAAUUCAGCAGAGUGACUAUAAGUGGUGUCGACUCUAACAUUCAAAUCCACAGCCAACACUGUUUCUGGCAGAGAGAGUACAAU